AUGAUACAACUAUCAAGAUAUAGACCUUUAAUCAAUCGAACUUUACCCCUUAUUUAUAAACGUACAUCAUCACCACCAGCGGCCUUUUUCUCCACUUUCAUAAAUCAUACUCAAUUUGCUCGAAAGACAAGGAUAACUACUGAAAUAUCAGAUGACGAAGUCAAACGAUUCCAACAAAGUCAAUUAAAUAAGAAUCAAUCGGGAGAGAAGACAGGUUUCUAUUAUCAUGAUAAACCAUCUACUCAUACUGAAUCAUACCAAAAUGAACCUGCUCAAUUCCAUACCGUAUUCAAUAUCCCACCCAAUGAUAAUGGACUUAUAACUCAUGAUGAUGGAAUAUAUCAAUUAUUAAAAGAACCCACCCUUGUCAUUGAAAGACAAGUAGAAUUCAUGAAUUUAUUCCUUGGAUUCGAACAAGCUAAUCGAUAUAAAAUAUUCAAUUCAUUAGGUGAACAAAUUGGUUAUAUGGAAGAGAAAGAUAUUGGAUUAAUGAAAGUUUUAGGAAGACAAUUCUUUAGAUUACAUCGUCCCUUUGAUAUUGAUGUGUUCAAUAUGUAUGGAGAUCUUUUAUUAACUAUCAAACGUCCAUUUUCAUUCAUAAAUAGUCAUAUUAAAGCAUACUUACCCGGGUAUGAUGAAGAUAAUAAUAUCAUGUUUGAAAAUAUCGGUGAAUCAGUUCAAAGUUGGCAUUUAUGGAGAAGAAGGUACGAUUUGUUUAAAUUAGAAGAUGAUGAUGAUAAGGAUUAUCAACAAUUUGGAUCGAUUGAUGCUCCAUUUUUAUCGUUUGAUUUCCCCGUAAAGAAUGAAAAAGGUGAUGUUAUAGCUUCUGUGGAUAGAAAUUGGGUAGGCUUAGGUAGAGAAAUGUUUACUGAUACCGGAGUUUAUAUCAUUAGAAUGGAUCCUGCCAGUUUUGCUGGUAUGGGUGAUUUAUACCCAUCGGUGGCAGGUCCAUUAACUUUAGAUCAAAGAGCUAUAUUAUUAGGUAAUGCCGUAAGUAUUGAUUUUGAUUAUUUUUCAAGACAUAGUAAUUCUGGUGGAUUAGGUUUCUUUUCAUUUGGAUCAAGUGAAUGA